UUUGAAAACUUCUAGCUGCCCAGGCCUCGGUGGAGUCCUUGGAGAUGUGGCACCAUUCCUGUUCUCUGAGCAAGCCUCCUACUGCAGCAACAAUUCCUGGUACCUAAGCAGCAGCCAGACAGCUUCUAAUCACCAAGGGAGAAUCGAGUUUUCAGAAUUGUCGGAAUUUCAGGUUGCUAGCAGACUUAUCAAGUAUAUAAGAAAGUCCACCUCCUGACAGUUGUAGGAAUCUGAAGACACUCUGGAACACUGAGAAGAGAGAAAUUAAUCCAGAUCUAUAGGUAUCACAGGAUGAUUUCUUGCACUGGAGUCCUUAGACUCACCUUAAAGCAAAGUUCAAACAGAGGAGAAACUACACUCACACCAAGACAAAGAGAAGGCAACAUCAGAAGUGGACAGCUAUCCCUAGAGUCCCGAUCUGACCUGAAGAAGCAACACGGGAUUCUGCUUGGACCGAAACAGAUUUGAAAGACAUGUGGUCCGAAGACUUUUGUCUACUCUUAGCAGUGCCUAGUCCAGUAAUACCACACUGAAGAUCAUCAGAAUACUGGCCUGACUGAGAAAAGGCCAAUAGCAUCAUGCAUCCUUGGGUAGCCAUCCUGGGCCUCCUACUCCUGCCAGAUGGUGUAACCUCUUACCACCGAGUGACUGGAGUGGCGGGUCAGUCUGUCACUCUACCCUGCUACUAUAAUGGUGAAGUCACAAGCAUGUGCUGGGGCCGAGGGGCAUGUCCUUGGCUUAAUUGCGGAACUAACAUCAUCUGGACUGAUGGCUACAGAGUCACCUAUCGGAGGGAUGGACGUUACCAGCUAAAUGGACAUAUUGGUGGAAGAGAUGUGUCUUUGACCAUAAACAAUGCUGCCCUGUCUGACAGUGGCUUGUAUUGUUGCCGAAUUGAGGUGAGAGGGUGGUUCAAUGACAUAAAAACCACCCUGGAGUUGAGGGUAAAUCCAGCUCCACCUACAACAACCACCACCACCACUACUACUACUACAACAACCACCACCACUACGACUCCAAGAACCACCACAACCACCACCACUACUCCAAGAACAACCACAACCACCACCACUACUCCAAGAACCACCACAACCACCACCACUACUCCAAGAACAACCACCACUACAAGAAAGACAACCAUCACUACUACUCCAAGAACGACUACCACUAUUCCAACAACCACCACUACUACCCCCCAAACAACAACCACCACAACUUCAACAACCAGCACCACCACUACUCCAACCACAGUGGUCACCACUGCUCCAACAACCACCACCAUUGCUAUGCCGUCAACAAUCAACACCACCACUCCAAACCUGACGGUCACCACUGCUCCAGUGACAGCGAGGUCCUCUACUUCUCUUCCAGUGCCAGCACCCACAAGGGACCUCCAGCCAGCUUCUUUAUCUUCUCCAACUCAGACAGCAGAAACCCAGCCUACUACCGUGUAUGAAACAAACAUAACCAGCUCACCAUGGCACUCUUGUUCAACAGAUGGAAAUGGCACUGUAACACAGUCUCCAGAUCCCCAUUGGCAUAACAAUCAACCUCCUGCGGCGCUGGCACAAGAAACAUGGAUGAGCACCAACAAGGGAGUCUACAUUGGAAUCUCUGUUACUGUUUUGGCAUUGUUGCUCAUGUUUGUGGUUUUCUGGAUUAGGAGAAGAUAUUUUUGCCUGGGUAGCAAAGUGGAGCUACUACGCGUGAUUCCAUUGAAAGAUUCUCACAUUGGAGCUUUGAAAAAUGCAGCUCUGAAGCCUAUCCAAGCAGAAGACAAUGUCUACAUUAUUGAUGACUAUCACUAAGUCCUGGAUCCAGAUUCUAAGGUGUUAUCCCUUGACUGUAGAAGACAGUGACCAGAUACCGUGUCAGAGUCCGUUCAAUCAGCUGCACAAUUUUCCAGUCAGUUUCCCAUGGCAUUGCUAUGAGUCAGGGACACUGGGUAGAGUGUUGCUAGCUCAACUGUGUAAAGUCAACCUCUGUCACAGAGUUCUAAUUUUUUAUACUAAAUUGGCUCCAACUUUCUGAUCAUUGCAGAGGCCUUCAAAAGAUUAAA